GCGGAGUAUAUAUAUAUAUUGUGUUGGUCUGAUUGAUCGCCUCAUGCUACUGUUCGUAUUGCGGUAUUUUUGGAAACGUCUAAAGAUCCCCUUGCAGCCGGAUUUGGGUGUCGCUCACUGUUUGCAUGUUCAGCAGUUCAAUAGCACGGUACCGAUUGCACCUAAUCGUGUGAAAUUGCUAUGUCGUAUCAUCCAUCGUAUUGUGUGUGCGCAGUCUUGCAAGCGCUGGCCCCACUGAAUACCCACCACAGGUUAAUUUAACUUGUACGAAGCACAUACGAAGUACACUCGUGUGGAGCUCGAACCUCACACUCUGCAACUUCAGCAUCCCAUAUCCUACCUGCAUUUGGCCUGUUUAUGCUGUUCCUUUUGCUACAGGAGCUCGCAGGAGUAGCGCUCUAUCGACUCUUGAUACAUACAUCGAUCAAGUUGGAUUGACGUGAAUGUGCUUUGGUUGUCGAGUACCGAGAACUCCCUACGCCUUUCACGGAAUUUCCUGUCUACCCUAUUUCUGUAGCAUUUGGAAUUUUGGAUAGGAAGUCGGUUCACAACGAUUUGACGUGAGGAAUGUCGAGGAAUGUCUGGGCAAGACUUGGCACAGGCUUCAUUGUGGAUUAGGCUGUUGUCUACAAAUAAAUGCCUUCUUUUUCUUUUUCGUGAAUACGGUCUCUUAGAUAGACAGAUAAGCGCCACGGUAUAUAAAACUCUAAGCCUCGUCUAUACAUGAGAGUUCAGCUACAUAUUACAAGUGUUUUGUCCCUUAUAUACGUAGCCAAGGAAUACUCAGACAUUGCUUCGAUUCGCAUACUUCCUCGUUCUACUCUCGACUUCAACUUUGACUCCCCACCUGAUAAAUCAGUCAUCAGCUGUAUCGCGGCAACGAGACCAUUCUAUCACAAUCGCCUGUCAUUAUGUACACUUCCACAGUCGUUUCAUUUGUUUGUCUCUUUAUGGCCUCCAUUGAAGCCAUUGUCAUACCCACUACGAAUCAGAUGAGAAUAUUUGUUGAAAACAUCGAGAAUGUCGAAAAUGUCGUCGCCUAUAUUGGCGUCAGCGGCGUCAACCUUGGCUGUGUGGUAUCCGAUGACAACUUCCCUGCCAAGUCCGAGAUAUUCAGCAACACUGGCAUAGCAAAUUGCUGGAAUUGGAGCGAAUCAGUUACCAAUCUUGAAGUCACCUGGGGAGAUUUUGAUUGGAUCAGUCUAUAUCGUGGCUCCGAUUGUCAUUCCAGCGACAACGUCACAUACUUAAAGGACGAUAUCGAUCUAGCCGAUGGGCAAUCAUGUCAUUCGACAGAUGUAGUGAGGGGUCGAGAAUUCGUCAAUUUACUUUCUAGUGGCUCAAUACUGUUUGGAAGAGGUAGUGCACCUCCUAGUGAUAUACUUAUGCUUCCGAAAGCCACUCUAUCUGUGGACUCUGUCGUCAACAGAUUAGAGAUGUUAAGGAAUGGGGAACUAUAAACUCCAUGGUAGAUGCAUUGUACUGUUUGUUGGUUUUAUGGAGUCAGGCGGUUGCGAUACCCGGAGGAAAGGAGUUGAUUCAUUGAAUAUUCAUCAGUUAUGCCCAUUAAAAAACA